GGGGAAUAUUUGAAGCCACAAUAUUGCGGAGGAUAACGGAACCAUGGACAGGAUGUGUUGACAUGGUCGUCUUCAUUGGAUUCAAGCUUCCCUGUCCUGCUCUGGAUACAGUGAUGCAGCACUGAAUGGACCUCUCGUGCCACCUGCAGAGUGACAGCAUCCAAGAAACACCCACCAACAAUCUGGAGAGUUAUCUGCAGCCAACCAACUGAGGGUUGAGAAAGACACACAAGAGACAGCGAGGAAGUAAAACGAGGAAAGAUAAGAAUUCUGAGUUAUAGAGCUGGCGUGAAAGAAGACAGGAGGAUAAAGAGAGAAGGGGUGAGUUGUGGAGCUGCCUGAGUGCUGCAGUGUGGAGGUUGGAGGUCAUGGUGGGGCGGGGCCUGUGGGUGUGUAAGCCCCGCUUUGGUAAGCGGGGGCGGUUCGGGGUGGUGCCUGCUCUCUGUGUGCUGAUAGUCAGUGCUGCCCUGCUAGCUCUGCUCUUCGUGGACUCCAUUGAGUCAUGGGCCACCUCCAUUAACAUGAACACAAUGGUAGAGGCGCAGGGGGGGAUCAUACCCCCACAAAGUGUCCCCCCAACCAGACCCGAGGAGUACCUCCUUAUGCCCAGCCCUCUCGUCUGCCAGCGUGCCAAACCCUACCUCAUCGCCAUGGUGACCUCCGCCCCAGCCAAUCAGAUGGCCCGCCAGGCCAUCCGGGACACGUGGGGUGGGGAGGUGGAGGUCAGGGGUCAUAGGGUCAUGACCUUGUUCAUGGUCGGGGUGGCCUCUGACCCUGGGCUAGCCAAGCUGCUGAUAGAGGAGGCCCGGGAACGAGGGGACCUGAUCCAAGGGCGCUUCUGGGACUCCUACUCUAACCUGACCCUGAAGACCCUCUCCAUGCUGAACUGGGCCCGACACUUCUGCCCCCAGGCCCACUUCCUGGCCAAGGUGGACGAUGACGUCCUGUUCAACCCCGGGGCCCUGCUGCGCUACCUGAACAGGAGCACCGUGACCAACACCUACGAGCAUGGGGACCUGUACCUUGGCCGGGUCCACCUUCACGUGGCUCCAGACCGAGACCCAGACAGUAAGCACUACCUCCCUAGAGGGGCAUACCCUGCAUCUGUCUUCCCUGACUACUGCAGUGGCACUGCCUACAUCCUCUCUCGCUCCACCCUGCUCAAGAUCUCCUUGACUGCCGCUGCCUCACCUCUGCCCACUCCUCUGCCCCCUGAGGACGUGUUUGUGGGUCUGUGUGCCCGUGCGGCUGGAGUGCUGCCCUCCCACUGCCCGCUGUUCUCUGGUGGGCCCACAGUGCCCUACGGGCGCUGCUGCUACCAGGCCAUGGUGUCCAUCCACCACAUCUCCCCCAGAGAGAUGCUCCGGUUUUGGGCCGACAUCCACUCCCCUCCCCCCUGCUCCUGGCUGGGCCUGCGCGCCUCCCUGGGGGUCUGUAAAGUCCGGGCCAUGCUGGGGACCUUUCUGGGGGUGGAUCAGGGGCUGUGA